AUGUUUAUUGGCUGGUGUUCACCCGUUUUUAUCCAGUACCUUCACCCGAAUAGAAAGUUUUUCUGCGCCGUUCGGCUGCUUUGUUCGAGGUUUAUCCGGAUAAGACAGUGUCCAGGCGGUAGUGAAAUUUUCUUUAAAAGUUUUUGAAGUGGGUAAUUUAGCGAUUAUAUAGCCGCACCGGUGCCUGGGUUCGAUGGCGAUAUGAAAAAAAAUAUUAGGUCGCCGUCGGAAAAUUUGCGAGAUGUUUACUAUUUUUUUUUAUUGUAAUAUCGAAAUUUAUGUUCGGGCUCUCUUUGUCUAUACAGCUAUAUAUUCUCGAUUGACGUUAAGACGUUCCAGGAACAUGGCCAUGUUCAGCAAUCAGCGCACUACAACAUCUAACAGCGGUUACAUUGUCGAGUUCAAGGUUAGUGGAGAAGUUCCUUUUUGUAUCCAUCUUGGUAUUUUCCAUUAUAUGUUCUCUUUUUGGUUUAUCACGAGUUUUGUUUUACAGGCAGGGAGAUCCAACUUGGAGCUUGGCUCAUCAGAAACCAAGAGAAAAGUGGUUGCCGAGAAAAAGAAGGGACUUGUCUACAUCAAACAGAGCAAUGACCUUCUCAUUCACUUUUGCUGGAUGAACCGUGAAAACCAGGCGUUGGAAGAUGUAAAUUUGGAUCUUGAUAGGGGUAUUUCAUUGUCGUGUUUUGUUCUACAGGAUCUCAUCAUUUUCCCUGGCGAUACCGAGUUCAAAGAAGUUCCCGGCUGCCCAGACGGCAAAGUAUACAUGCUCAAGUUCAAAUCAUCGAAGGAAAUGCGUCUUUACUGGCUCCAGGACGGAAACUCCGAGAUUGAGAAAGAUCUCGUCCAGAAGGUGGAUAACUACCGGAUGGAUUGAAAAAAAUUAUUAUUUUUUUUUUCGUUUAUCGCUUAAGAAGAGUUUUUCAUGUGAUUACAUGCAAGAGAAGAGAAAGUAAAAAAAGGGAAUUUUUUUGAGAGAAUUAAUGACAAAAAAAUUUUCUUUUUAACCCUAAUCUUUUAAAAAGAGUUAUUUUUUUCUAAUUUGAGGUGAACGACGCUUUGAACAAGCCGCCGCCCAGCCGUCCGACUGGCCGCGGCGAUCGUCUUUCAGCCGGUUCUGGAUCGGCUGCCACUGCCGGUUUUCCGUCGAACCUCAUGAAUGCGACUAGCGAAGUGAGCCGCCUGGCAAACGUUUUUCGAUUAGCAAAAGAAAUUUAUUGGCGCGUUUUCUAGGAAUACAAUAAUGGACUGAACACAUUUGAUCCCCAGCAUUUGAUCUCACUUAUCCAGUCGCUUCAGGUUAAUUUUUUUCAACUUUUUGUUGGCGUGUUCGAAGUGAUUUCGCGAAAUACAAAAUAUCCGUCAGAGAUAGAAAAAGAUAACUAAAUUUUAGAAGGUCAGAGAACAUUUUGCAUUUCGCGGGAAUCACUAUGAACACAGUAUGAAGUUUGAAUUUUUCUUCAAUUGUGUCGUGAAAAUUUCAGUUUUAUGUGGUAUGAAGUUUCUGAUUUCGACGUUAUCGUAUCUAAAAUGACCGACUUUGAUGCGAUUAAGUAUAAUGAUUUUUUCUCUGGGCUUUUUCAGUGAUUGUUUUGUUUUCGUUGAUAUUAGCGAAUACGCAUAUUUUUCGAAUUAGUUUUAUUUUAAGGCUGUCUUUAGCAAUGAGUUAACAGAAAAAUUAUAUCUAGUUCUUUUUGAAUUCCGAUAUAUUAUACCUAAAUCUUUUUGCAUUCCUAUGUAUAUCAAGCCAAAAACGAGAAUAAAUUGCAUCAAAUUCCGCAGUUUAAACGAUCAGCUUUCAAUCGGGAAUUUCGUACCACUCAUUUUUUCAUCAAGUUCACUUCAGAAUAAACAAAACAAAUUGAAUGAAAAAGGAAAAAAACAACAAUUUAACACACAAUUCAAAGUUCAGGGCGCCGGGAACGAUGUGCUGCCCACGAUCCCUCCGUCGACCUCUAACCAAGACGGCAGCGGGGCAGUUGCGUCUUCUGCGGACUCUGACGUCUUGUCGACGCCUUCUCAUCCAGCUUCUUCCGCCGCAGCUCCUGGCGCUCCGCAGAAAGGUCACCGGCUGAUUCAUCAAAUUUUCCUUUGUUUACCCCUUCAAACUUAUUCCCUCUUUUUUGUCUUCAUUCUCAAUUUUGCUUCGUCUUUCUGGGCUUGCGGCGAGAGCGGAUCUUUUUUGAGCGCACCUUACGAGUCAACUGUGUAAAAUAUAGUUGGAAACAAAUUGAUAAACGAUAUUUUUAUUCUUUCUGCCGUUCAACUUUGAAAACGAAAGAUAACGUAAGCGGGCCCCAAAAACGAUUUUCUCCAUCGCCUUGUCCCUACCAACUAUGCCUUCAAAUGCUUCAUUUGAUGUAUUGUAGCGAAUGCAAGCCUAACGAAACACGAUUUGUCAAAAAUUCUCAGCAACUUGCGACCGGCCACGUCGGGUAGAUGCCAUUUAUUUCGGAUUUCAUCUCAUUUCGAUAUGAUCAUGUUGUAGGCAAAGGCGUUAACAUUUCGUUGUCAGAUGCUCUCUCGAAUGAAGGUGUUAUGGAGACGGUUAGAGCCAACGCCGGUCGGUUAUUUUGUGUCUAGUCUUGCUUUGCACUCUUGUUUUCAAGUUUCCAAUGUCAUGUUUCUUUUUUUUUCAAACGUGUGCAUUUGUUAUAAUGGAAUCGGUGAAACUCUAAUUGAUGGCAGGUUUAUUUUUUGCAGAGAUUCUGAAGCCGUUGCUGCCGUCUACUUGUAACGAUCCGCAGAAGGAGCUCGAGGAAACUGUUCGCGCUCCGCAAUUCAGACAGGCUAGUGGAGAACUGAGUAAAAGAAAUUAGAGAGAAAUAGUUUCCUUGUUGUUAAUUGUUCUUAUUUCUAUACUACACAGGCGAAUGGAGAGUGUGUCAUAAUAUGUCCACGAGUAUAACUGAUUCACGGCUGGCUUGAGCCAUCGAAAAAAGGGUCCUGACAUGAUAAUGCACGAGAUAGCGCUUCGCUCGUGGAGAGCGCAGACAGGACACGCCCUCUUAGCGUCCCAAGCUGGCCGUGAAUCAGCUAUAUACCUCUAAAGAUUGAUUGUGCAUACGCCAUAACGAUAAACCUGAAAAGAAAUAUUCCCUCAUCUUUUUUCUGCUUCUGACGAUUGAUAUUACCUGAAAAGUUAUUGCAAGAAACCGAAACGACAUUUAAUCUCUUAAUUAGCGUCUUUUGCGAAGUUUUUGAUUUUCAGGCUGCAGACACCUUUGGACAAGCGCUUCAGAGUGGCCAAAUCGGCCCUGUUCUGACGCAAUUCGGCCUUAAUAGUGAAACUGUUGCAGGAGCUAGUGACGGAGGUUAUAAAGACAAGGAUUCCUAUUUCCAUUUCCCGCUAAUUUUACAGACAUUCGCACUUUUUCGCGUGAACUUACUUUGUCGCAAGGCGGUGAAGUGCCUCCAGAGACGGAAGAUAGUCAGUUUUUCACAACUGUUUUUAUUCAAAGAGAUAAAAAACAGCCCAGAAUUCUGAGAAAAAAAUUUCAAGCCCUAAAGAUUCGUUCUCAGAUGCUGACGAAACAGCCAAGGAACCUGAGCCGAAGCGCAACCGUCCUGACCUCGAUGACAUGGAUGUCGAUUAAUAGACUAUCUACCGCCUGAAAUAUUCACAUGCCGUUUCUAAACUUUGUCUGAGUAGUGUGAAUUCGCUUUGGUUUUUUUGUCUUUUCCCUUCUCUUGUGUAGGUUUUUCAAAUCGACACUCAACUAUUUAUUGAAUUUCAUGUGAUAAACCUUUCGUCCAAGAUCAUUUUAUCGUGUUUUACCGAUGUUGCCAUCAGUUUCUUAAUGAAACUACUUUUUUUCAACUAAAAUGAUCAUUGGAACUCAAAUGAUCCGGAGUUUCAAACGAUUUUUGAGUACACUGUUGCCCCAGGAGUUAACGAUUAAAAAAAAAAAACUUCAGGAAGUUUUUUACAGUUCUUGAAAUUAAGUGCAAGUGAGUGACCCGCCGAACUGAAUAAAUAUUUUAGAUUGAGCUUCUCGAAAUUAAGGGGAUUGAAUUGGCGACUUUUGAGCCUCAAACAAACAAAAAAAAAUUUUUUUUUGGCUAGAGAACAUGAAACAAACCUUCUUUUGGUAGUCUAGGACUCCCGCAGGCCGACGUGAGUUUCUCCAACUCCUGAUUUUUUUUUACUCCAUCUCUAACUGAUGAGAGACAAAUUUUUACGGCGACCUUCGGACGACACGAAAUUUGCACGCCCUGGGGCGUCCGACCUCUGAGCUGAUGAUAUGGGGCGAUUCGCCUCGAAGGUUAUCACCACUUUUCCGCUCGUUCUUUCUACGCUGCAAAGAACGCGUUAGGACUCUCUCCCUCUUUAUUUUCAUAAUGGGGUGAUUAUUCCUUUUUUUGACAUUUUUGGGAGAUUUUUCAAUUAAAAACAUGCUAACUAGAAAAAUAGAUAGAAUCGCCAAAAAGUUUUCGGGGAAAUAUAAAUUAUCUUUGACUUUUCAAAAUGUUCAUUUUUAAACGGUCAUUUUUAUAUAUUCUGUUAAGAAAUACUUUGAACGUGGCGUGAGUUGGCUUCAAGUUUUCAAUAGGACACUUGUAAUCUCAUUUUAAAAUUUUUGCGUUUUUUUUUCAUAUUCGUAGGCAAACCCGAGCAAUAGCUCGAUUCCAUUUUGGUCAUUCAUUUUUGGUACCUCAAAAUUUGGCUCAAAAGUCAUUUUUCAAAGCACAGUAAAGUAACUUUGGUGACUUACAUCAUUGAUAGUUAAAGCUACCGUUUUUGUAUGCAACUGCAAGCUCCUCAAUUUUUUUUUUGCAACCGCAUCUUUUCGUGUCUUUUUUCUAUUUCUCUUCAUCUUGGCUUGUUAUCAAGCGCCGACGAGUGCGCUUCCAAUGCAAACGUUUUUCGAUAUGAAAACAACUCACAGGGUCCCCAUGGUCUGCCAGUGUAUUCUCGACGCUGCGGGCUACGCAGCUCUUGUAGCUGUCGCCUACAAGUUGCUCACCGUCGUUUUCAACAUUAUUGGCCCCUAUGUCUUGUUUUCGCCGAUCGACUUGAAGAAGAAGGCUGGCGCCAACUGGGCUGGUUCGUUUCUUUUUGACAGUCAUGAGAGCUCAAAGUUGUAUCCGUCUCUUCACCUUCUCAUAUUAUCGUGAUCACGAAUUUUUUUCAAUUUAUUAGAAAAUAUUACAAUUAGCAUCUAUACUCUCAGCAAUUGGAGAGCGAGUUACAUUGAAGACGCUGUGAAAACGGAAAUAAACUCUUCUUUUUUUAAAAAGAAUAUUAAACUAAGUGAAUAGUUGAUAAUAAUUUAAAACCUUUUGGACUAAUGGAAACUUUCGAAUAAAAAGCCAAUAUUUAUUCAGUUGUCACCGGCGCAACUGAUGGCAUUGGCAAGGCCUACGCCUUUGAACUGGCUCGACGGGGAUUCAACGUCUAUUUGGUUUCUAGGACUCAGUCAAAGUUGGAAGAAACUAAAAAAGAAGUUCUCUCCAAGUUCAAGGUGAACUUUUCCUCAUUGUGUCAUAAUUCUCUCUUCACUGUUCAGGAUGUGGAAAUCCGCACAUUGGCUUUCGACUUUAACGAGCCAUCACCGUCGGCCUACGAAAAGCUCCUGAAGCAGCUAAACGAGGUCGAAGUCGGCGUCCUGGUGAACAACGUUGGUUUCAGCUACGAGUACCCAGAGGUUUUCGGCACUUUGAGUUUCGUUUCAACUGAUUUUUUUGAGGUUCUCCACAAGGUGGAAGGAGGUAUCGAACGUCUUGCGAACAUCACCACUAUCAACACGCUUCCGCCGACAUUGGUUUAUUUUUUUUUUGUUAAUAUAAUGAUGUUCAAAGGAAAAAAUCAUCUUCAAAAAAACUUUCCUCAAAUGACAAAAAUGAUUUUUUUGGUUUUUUUGUAUACCUUAUUUUCAUCUUUAUAUUUUUAGCUCGUUUAAAAAAGAACCGUUCAUAUUUUUUGAGAACACACAUUUUGGCACAGUCUUUUUGUCCGAGGCGCACUUUGAAUUCAAAUAUUGAUAGGGUUAUCAUUGCAUUUUGAAGUUGAAAUCGAAAAUUGAACAUGGAAACACUUGGUUAUGGUGACUGAAUCAGUCAAAUUGCAACACUCGUCAAUUUUUUUUUCCAGCUUUCUGCUGGAAUCCUGCCUCAGAUGGUCGGCCGUAAAACGGGAGUCAUCAUCAACGUUGGAUCGUCGGCUGGUCACAACCAAAUGGCUUUGUGGGCUGUUUAUUCGGCCACCAAGGUUUUAGCAAAAAAUGAAAAAUGUUUAAUUUUAACGAAAUUUCUUCAGAAGUACGUCUCUUGGCUGAGCGCCAUCCUUCGGAAAGAAUACGCCUCUCAAGGAAUCAUCAUUCAAACCAUUGCCCCAAUGAUGGUCGCUACCAAAAUGAGCAAAGUCCUUUUAUCAUUUUUUUUUUUCUUAAAAAAUACAAAACACUUAAUUUUCAGGUCAAGAGAACUUCCUUCUUCACACCCAACAGCGACAAUUUCGCAAAGUCGGCCCUGAACACGGUUGGAAACGCCGACGACACGACCGGUUUCCUCACCCACCAACUUCAGGUUAUCCAGUUCUCAUUUUGACAAAAUAUCAGGUUAUAUCAUUUUCAGCUUGAACUCGUCCAAUUAGUCCCCCAGUUCAUCCGCGACAUGUUCCUCACUAAAAUGAGCUAUGGAACUCGUGCCGCCGCUCUCCGCAAGAAGGAACGCGAAGCCAAGGCUCAGUAA